AUGGUAAAGAAUAAGUACAGAAAGAUUACCAACUCUGCACUAUUAGAAAACGUGAGCUUUUUCUCUACUCUUUUUUUUCAAUGGAUGAACAAUUUGAUGAAGACGGGGAGUGAACGUGCAGUUGAUGAAAAUGAUCUUCUACCUCUUCAAGAAGAAAACACUACUCGUUUUUUGACAGAGAAGCUUCAGGCCAAAUGGAUCGAAGAAACAGCUGAUAGCGAAAGACAUGAUCUUACACCAAAACUUUGGAAAAGUGUAUUUAAGAUGCUAACGAGGAAGGACUCACUGAUUCUCAUUACAGCUGGCAGUUUUAUCACAUUUUGUCGCAUUCUCCAACCACUGCUGCUUGGAUACCUCAUAAAGUCCCUAAUGAUCGCAGAUCUACAACACAAUUAUCUUCUCUACGGUUGUGCUUCCGCAAUUGGGAUAAACGAAUUGGUCUGUUCUCUUAGCUCGCACCAAUUUGACUACCACUGUGAGCUGCUGGGAAUCAGGAUAAGUUGUGCCCUUAAAGGAUUAGUUUAUAUGAAGGUAAAGGUAAUAAACUAUAACUUUUAUCGAAGGCGAACUGAACAUGACAAUAGAGAAAAAUUCUUCCCACGUUUUCGUCAGGAUAUACCAUCAUCAUCAUCAUCAUCAUCAUGAUCCUCAUCCUUAUUAUUCUCAUCAUCAUCAUCCUCAUCUUCCUCCUCCUCCUCAUCGUCAUCAUCAUCAUCAUCAUCACCAUCAGUCUUUUCGGUAGCUAGUGACACAUACGGCGCGAUCAGAAAAGAAAGGAAGUAGAGAUUGUUAUAAAUAUUAAUGUAUCAUAUGCCCGCCGUAGUCAAUGGAUAAAAAUCGGUAGCAAUCAAGUGAAAUCGAUAUUAUCGAUUUUCAUCGAUUUUUCAUGAUUUAAUCGAUUCAACAGAAGUCCGCCAUUGUUGUUUUUUGGCAUAAGUUAGAUAAUACAGCUGAGAAAACACAUCCACUAGUAACAACUGAUCGAUAAACAAGAAAAUGCGAAACUAUUUCACACACAAGUUUCUCUCUAAAACUCUAUAUUUUGUAUACAUCAUAACAAAAACGGUUCGGUUUAAUGAUUUAAUUACAUUCAGUUCCUCGCAAGAAGGUAUCACGAGAAUACAAUCUUUAAGAAAAAAAGUUCCUAGCCUGAAAUUCAGACAUCCCUUCGAUUUGAAGGGAUUUCUAAAAUUCAGGUUAAAAGAUUUCCCUAGAUAGAUUUUCAUUGUUUUCAGUUAGCAAUCGAUGAAAAUCCCUUGAUUGCUGAAGAUUUUUAUCGAUUUCGAUUUUUACCUAUUGAUUACUCCGGUUUGUAACAACGCCUAGAACGGCACUGACGUUACUUUUGAAAGGGUGGCAGAUCUAAAUCGUGACAAAUUGGGCGCUUACAAACCUGACCAAUAUAAGCCAUCAGAAGAUUUUAAACCAGGUCUUAAAGAAAAAAAUCAUAAUAUUUAAAAGAUUUUUUGAAGAAGAGGUAAUUGUUUGAUCCUUGGACUCUCAAUUGCAGCUCAAUUGUUAAUACAUUUACUGUUUGCAUGGAUUCAGUUUUUUAAAAGAACAUAUGGUCUUCCGGUAUAAAUCGAUUAAAUCGGUAAAAAUCAAGAUAAAUCGAUGAACAAAACGCGUGUCAUCGAUUUCUACCGAUUGAUCAAUACAUUUGAUAUCAAUCAAAUCAGAUAUACCGUUUUUUAUCGAUUUAUCGAUUGACAAAUCGAUAUUGGUUUUUAUCUAUUGCCUACUCCGGGCAUAUGUUAACAUUUUGACGAUCCAUAUUCGUCGUUAUGCAGGGAAAGUAGUUUUAAGAGAACUCUUCCAGUAAGUGAUUAAUUUGGGUAAGAUAAAUACCUUCCUACUUUCUUGGCACUUUAUACCGUCCUUCUACUUUUUUGCAGACGCUUCUCCUCAGCAAGGACUCAUUGCUGAGACUUUCAUCCGGUCGAGUUAUCGAUCUCGUAUCCAAUGACGUUCAGCGAAUAGAGGGCGAUACUUUCAACUUGUUUUUUCUGGGAGCUCGAUCCAUUGUAGAACUCUUGAUAGUAACAUUUUUUCUGGUCUACCUAAUUGGAUGGCAGGCUUUAAUGGGAAUUGUUUUACUGUGCAUCUUCAUGCCAUAUUUUGCUGGAUUUUCCUAUGCUGGAGCACAAGUGCGCCUGCGUACAGCUGCGGUUUCUGAUCACCGCAUUACGUUGAUCAACCAGGUUGUUUGUUGGAUCCGAGCCAUCAAAGCAAAUGCAUGGGAACAUGAAUAUAGGGACAAGGUUAAGACCGUACGAAGGUAAGCAAACUUUAACAUAAGAUAAUUGGACUGAAGAGACAUUUUAAGUUUUAGUACUAAACAUCCAAAAGUGUCUGCAAACCUAUUUUCUCACUGGUUUCAAACACAGCUGAGGACAUGAAACGUAGAUUGUAUAAUUUUUAAAUAAACUUCUAAUAUGAACCUGAGCGAUAAAAUUUCGAACUCAGAUACUUUAAAAUUAAUGAAAAUUCGAACGUAUAGUACAUUAUAAUACUUGGAAUUAAGUAAUUUCACGAAUUCAUGAAUUCCAUAGAACAAAUGAAGCAAAUUUCGGGGGCACCCAACGAGGAUAUAGUUCAAAACCACUUAAUAUAGCAUUGUUGAACGUAUUUUAGUAUUCAAACUGUAGAUAUAGGCAUAUUUUUAUCCCCUAAAAACUUUUCAUCUGUUCGGAUUUCCUAGCUGAAAAUCUAGUGAUCCGAAAAUUAUAGGGAUGAAAACUUGCCUUCUCGAAAAUUUCAGCCAGGAAAAGGCUCCCGAAAAUUCUAGGUGGCCUUUUUUAGGGUCAAAAUCCGUUAAAAUUGAGUAAUUAUACCAUUUUGUAGAUGUUCGAAAAUCGUAGGAGAGGCAGGCAAGCAAGAAAUUUUACAACAAAUGCUCCGAAAAUUCUAGAUCUCAAAUCGUCUUCCGAACAGAUAUUUUCCCGAAAAUUGCCGUUGGGUGCCCCUGAAAUUUUUUUAUAACCCGUACCUUUUUUUUUUUAUAGCAGUGAAAUCAAUUUCAUCCGUAAGAAGAGCGCGCUUUUGUCGGGCAUUGUUGCUCUCCAAUACAUUUCAACACCAACGGCGACCCUGGUGACUGUCAUCACUCUUGUACUAACUGGCCAGCCCCUGACUCCUGUCAACGUCUUCACGUUACUCUCCUUUAUCAAUCUGCUUAGAUCAAGCUUCUGUAUGGAAAUGUCCAACGGACUCAUGGUAUCAUAUGACGCUUACGUCUCCUUGAAAAGAAUACAAGACUUCCUUUCUUUAGACAAUCUUGAUUCAACUAAUACUGUGAUAUAUCAGCAGGAAGGAACAGAAAAAAUCUUUUUACCUCACAAAUCACCGGAUCAACAACAAACAACUAUCUUAGGUGUCAGACAUUAUAUUGACCAAAAGCAACAAAUCGUUCUGGACGACGAAUCUUCGCUGCAAGAUAUCGACUUCACAGUUGAAAAAGGAGGUUUAACAGUUAUAACCGGACCAGUGGGCAGUGGAAAAUCUACUCUUCUGUUAGCAAUUGCUGGUGAGGUACCAGACCAGAACUGGGCAAUUACCUUCAAAGGAACUGUUGUUUAUGUGCCACAGAUUGCUUGGGUAUUCUCUGGGACUAUCAGAGAAAACAUUUUAUUUGGCGAACAGUACGAGGAAUCUAAGUACACCAGAGUCAUUGAAGCAUGUGCUUUGAAUCAAGACAUCAAGAAGUUUCCAGACUGUGACCAAACAAUCGUUGGAGAGCGUGGUGUGGUGCUAAGUGGUGGCCAGAGAGCAAGAGUAAGUUUAGCACGCGCAGUCUACGCCGAAGCAGACCUUUACUUGUUGGAUGAUCCCUUAACUGCUGUGGACUUUAAAGUCGCCAAUCACAUCUUUAGGGAAUGCAUCAAAGGUCUCCUUGGACUGAAAACCCGAUUAAUAACCUCCCACCAUGAAAGGGUCAUGCGAGAAGCCGACGACGUUAUUGUUUUACAUAAUGGCCGAAUGUUGGGUAAGGGAAGUUUCACAGAGCUAAAAGAAAAUGGUAUCCUGAAUGAAACGGUUGAUUCAAUGUAUGAGAAAGCAAAAGAAUCGGAUGAUAUUGUCGUUAAGGAUAAUGAAGACAAAAAUGGCAUUUCUGGCGUGGGUGGUGCAGAUGCACCCCAUGAAGCGCAGGCUCUCCGCUUAUCAGAAGAAGAUCGAGUUAUCGGGGUUGUGUCCGCAAGCCUUUACUGGAACUACUUUAGAAGCGGGGUACCUUUGCUGGUUAUUAUCGCAGUAAUUUGCUUGUUUCUUGUUACUCAAGGUAAGCCCUUUUAAGAUGACAGGAAUCGCUUAUAGUGUCCCCUCACAUUCACAAAUUAGCCUAUCAAAUAAAGGAUAUAAUGUUCAAAACUACUAAGGGCUAUAAUGAUAACCUGAUUCUGAAAGAAAAUCGGUAAUUGGGAAAACCAGGCUUACCAUGCUUUUGACUGAGAAGUUUCAAAUAGGCUUAUAAGGAAAACCUGGAUAUUCUGGACUUACCAAGUGUUUCUGGUAAAGUGUUUUAAAUCGAAACUGAAUUACCAUUAAAAAUACCUACAAAAAGCUUACCUCAAAACCUCGGUAAAACCAGGCUUAACCAAGCUUCAUUGUUUCUAAAUCAUAUUUUUUUAAGCAUGGUUUACCAUUCUUACAAGCCUUUCAACCAGACAUUUGGUGCAAGGGAUUUUUGUUUAUAAAAUGUUACACAUAGCGCAUCUUUUAUGGCAGAUUGAUUUACAGGUAAUAAAAGUGUUGACGUCGUAUGACUUACAGGUACCUAGAGCACAAUUUCCGUGUUAAUUAAGCUCCGACGAGAGAGAGCGAUCAGGUGCUAGCAAAUUUUCCAUUUAACUUGUUUGGAAAAUGAGUUUGGCACAUAGCAACUGCAUGCCUAAAACUGUAUAGUUGCGAGUGGAACGAGAGGUAUUCUUCUGCUGCACAAAAUCGAUACCGAUCCAAUCGGCAUCAAAAUAAGAACAGAAUAUCUGUAACUUGGUGAAUAUAUACUGUAAGAGAUAAGUAGAAGGCUUUAGUUUUAAGUAAACCUCUCGUGGUAACUGAUGGAUAAAUCCUUCCGAUCCAAGUUCACCAUCAAUUUUUGUUGCCCUUCUUUAAAGACAUUCAACUUAAGCAACAUUUCUUAUUGACUGAGGAGCCCAGAUCUCCCCAGCUUAAUUCAGGAGACCUGAUUUGACAACUGUAGAACAAAUUUUUUUGGUGUCAAAUUUCGGCAUGUGUUUGAAGAAAUAUUUGUUUUGUGCUUGAGUUAAUAUUGUUUAUGUCUUGUUUCAAAAGGUCACUUUUAAACGUGAGUGACUUCGAAAUGCUUUUACAAGGUCACCCGAGACGGAGAAUCAUCUGUAGGUUUAUAGUCUAAAUUUGCCGUUUCUAGUCUUUUUCUUGGUGCACGCUUGGAGACAUGGAAACCUAUAGCACUCGUAUGUUACAAAACGGAUUUACAUGAAAAUUAAAAUUAUAAAGCUAGAUUAUCCAGACUAUCCACGAAACAAGUACAAAUAUUAAUGCCGACCUCCAGUCCAGACACACAAAUUUAUCUUUUAACACAAACGAGUCUCUCACCCUUCUUUUCCUGAUAUUCAUUUCAGCAAUGAUGGUUUCCUGCGAUGUGUGGCUGUCACUUUUGACAAAUAAGCGUCCAGAAGAUCAAAAGAAUAAUACAAACCUUAUCAUCUACGGUUCUCUUGUCGGGGCAUCUUUCAUAUUUCUCUUCAGUCGGAUAUUUGGGUUCUUUUUGGUAUCCUUGCGAUGUUCUGAGCGUCUUCAUGCUAAAAUGGUUAUGGCUAUUCUACAAGCACCGGUCUUCUUCUUUGAUUCAAAUCCCGUGGGAAGAAUUUUGAAUCGCUUCUCUAAAGAUGUGGGCUGUAUCGAUGAGGUACUACCCAAAACGUCCCUGAAAGCAAUCCAAAGGACCUUGCUGAUGUUCACCUCAAUUAUUCUACCAACUGUAAUAAACCCUUGGCUUCUGUUUGCUGUCGUACCAGUUGCUGUGUUAGCUGGAGUCAUUUCAAGAUAUUACUUAAAGACUUCCAGGGAACUAAAAAGGAUUGAGUCCAUUGGUCGCAGCCCCGUCUAUUCUCAUUUUUCGGAAACCCUAGAUGGACUAGAGACGAUUCGGACAAGAAAUAGAAAAGCUGAUUUCCUGGAUGAGUUUUGCAGGUAUUUCAAAUUAAUUCAGUUUAAUCAUUGUUCUUUGUUUGUUUGUUUGUUUUUUUGUUUACCUUAUUAUUCGAGCUUAAUGUGCUUGAAAUGAGAAGCUGAAUGAAAAUUAGUCUGGACAACGAAGGAAUCGCAGAAAGUAGGAAAGCCAUCUGAUUGAAUUUCCGACGAGCAAUUUCCAAUCGGAUUAAUGUCCAGACUAACCUAGAGCAAAUUGGUACCAGCGAUACACAACAGAAAAUAGACAUAGUUAUUACAUCUACUCGCUCUGUAUAGUAUACAGUAACGAGAGUAAAGUAAGUCCACGAACGAAUUCCUUUGUAAAAAAAAUCGCCGAAUGGCGUAACAUUCUUGGACUACUCAUACAAUUCAUGUCGUAAUAUUUAUUCAGCAGUAUCUCGAUGUUAUUUAAUCACCCCAAUUACGCUGUCGACAUUACAGUGCAAAAUGCUUUGCAAAGCACACACUCAUGUCUUGUGCAUUUUCGUGGCUUUAAGCCAUCUUAAGCAUGGCCUUUCCACUUGAGUCUACAGUACUUUCACCUCCAAAGACCAAAUGGUGGUAUGCUAAGAUCUGAUAAAAACGUUUCAUAUCUUCAUCGUUAUUUUUGUUGUUUUUUAGGCAUCAAGAUAUUCACACUCAAUCAUACAUUAUGGUUUUAGCCAGUCAGCGUUGGCUUGGUGUACGCUUGGAUUCUCUUUCUGCUCUGUUGACUGGUGCAGUGGCUCUUGCUGCAGUGUUUGUGGCUAAAGAUGCUGGUAAAUUGACUUGUUUAUGUAAUGAGAAACGGAACUGAUUAUUCAAUAUUUAUAAGUGUCGCUUUUUAAGAUCCCUGAAUUUCCCGCAAUGUUUUCCCUUUAUGUAGAACAGUAUAAUACAAUGCCUUUUAAUUAUACACGAUCUGAAACUAUAAGCUCCGUCUUGUGGGGUCGUGUUAAAAAAUGCUAAAACAAGAAGUAUAAGUUUUAUUUCAAACGUAAAAAAUGUAUAGAUACAUAAGACUUUUUACAGUGAUAAGGCAUUAAAACCAAGUUCCCAUUUACUACACAAUAACAUUCAUUUUAACAAUUAAGGCGGUAUGCUGAGGUAAUUCCUUUUAUUAUUUGCCUUGAACAGUCCCAUUCAAUGUACUUGUGGCUUGUUCAGUGAUAAUUUCUGCCAUGCAUGGUGAAUAUAUUGUAAAUCACACCUGAAUAUAUUGUAAGUUAACCAUAUUAAAAAAAGGCUCUUCUUGCUACUUGAGAUUAGGGGGCCAAAGGGUUAAUUCAUGUCACCGAUUUUUUUGGGCAUGUUCCUUAUAAAACUGUCGAAUUUAACAAAUUCUUGGUUUGCAACCACGUGACAAGGCGGCCAUGUUGGGGGUCAAAACAAAAGAAUAUUUCCUCGAAAAAUUUACAUGAAAAUAGAGUUUAGUUCCCACAGGAGAGAAAUGCUUUUGUUCUUGACCACCAACAUGGCCGCCGUGACGUCACGUGCAAACCAGCAAUUCAGAUCUUGGAUCUGCCAUUUUGAAUUACAUUAAAUGUAUUCGAUUUUGCUUAAAACUCGUAUAGAUUAAAGUAAUCGGGAUAUAAAUUUGACCUGUGUUUCAAAGGAUGCUUAAAAUUAAAAGCAAAAAGAUAUGCAAUUUCUGAAAUUCCGACGCAAAAUUACACUUAAAAUCCAAUAAGAAAAAAAAGGAAAUUUUGAAAAACCUUUGCUGAAAAAACUCGGAUUUCGCGUUCCUUUCGGCAAAUCCAAAUCCGUAUUUUUGUUCCGGUGAAUCCUUUUUGAAAAAGGAUUCACUGGAUUUGAAAUCCGAAUCUAGAUUAACGAAUGAGUGAUCUACGCUGUUCUAUUCACAGUGGAUCCGAAAUUAGUCAGAUGAUCCAGCGGUAUUUCCAUUUGAAGUAUUCCCGUAGAGUUGCCUAGUUGCUACAAUUUCGCCGUAAAACAUCUAAAAACACUGGAAGAUUGUUCCUGGUACUGUAAAAUAUCCAUGUGCUAACCAUUCGUCGCUAAAGAUUGCUUAAAAACACAAAUAAGUAAAAGGGACAAAUGAAGUGCUAUCUCUCUAUGAACUCACUUCUAGACGCGAUAGGCACUCGAUUGUGUUACAUAAAAAAAAACCCAGCUACGAGACUGGAUCAGACUGGGCCGAAACCUUUAGAUAAUUUUCAACUUUAACGCGCUUCUUUCUUGAUCUUUUUAUGUUCCAUCAACGCUAUUCGAACUGCCGACCACAAAAUUCUGCACGGUAUAAUCGCAUAAUUUGUCAAACAGUAGAAAACACGUCAUUUCUUGAGAGGUUGUCAUGCAUAUUGCUCGCGUUUGCGAAAGGUUACCAAGGAUACAAAUCCAAUUUCGGAUUUCGCGUUCCUUUCGACCUCGAAAUCCGGCAAAUCUCGGAUCAAAAAUCCGUUUUUGGAUUCGCCAAAAGGAACACACCCUUAUUCAUCUUUAAAGUUUGUUCGGGGCCUAAAAAAAAUCGUUUCAGGUCUCAAUAUUAUAAGGGUUAAACCUGCCAUCUUAUAUGUACCCUUUGUUGUAUACUAAGAUAGUGGAUGGUGUUUUUCGCACGCUCUGCUGACUGGCUACUCCAACUCAGAAUAUCCAGUACUAUUCACUUCUGAGCAACGCCAAACUUGCGAAAUUUAAGAGCAAAAUGGCUUCCGGUUUCCUACCGCGACAAACAAAGAAUUUUCACAAAUAAACGAAAAAUAAAAUAACAUAAUACUCUUUGUUGUCCCUCCAAAAUUUGCAUGAGCAUUGCAAGUCCCAAGAGAAAUUGAAAACAAUGCUUAUGUAAAAUUUUGGCGUGGCAACAAGGAGCAUUAUGGUAUUUUUGAAAAAGGCCUAUUUAGCUUGACAUGUUCAUAAAUAUGCUUAGCUAAAACUAAAUUAAAUGUUUGUUUGUUUUUUUACGGAUUAGUUUCAAAUACAGGAGGAAUUCACAACUUCUUUGGAAGAAUUGUUCCCGCAAGAGCUAAGCAAAUGCCUUUAAGUAUUUAUUUGUCGGAAAGAAAACGUGACCGCCGUUCGGACAUUUGCGUGCCAAAAUUGUAAUCGUUGGCAGCAAUAAAUUAGUUUAAAAUCCAUUUUUGUGCUCAAUUCUCUCACUACUCAGGUCGCUAGUGCUGGGUAUUUACCGAGCGGCGUAAUUAUUCACCACUGGUCACCUCUACUUCACUCAACUUCAGUGAAUAGUUGUUAUGUAAUUAUUUAAAAAAUGCACAAGUGAAAAAUUAACCAAGGUGAACCUCGCUCUAUGAAAUAUGCGAUGCGUUGGGAGAGAUAUUGCAUGAGAUGAGAUGAAAUACUGUAAAGCCUGUUCAGGUUUGCGGGAGCCCUAACAAAAAUAACGUCUCUGCCUCUUUAAACGACCAUACCAUUUUUCAGUGCUAAAAAAGACUGGUUGGCUUUUCCAAUUUUAGACUAACAACUACAUGAAAAUUGCCGCUUCUUACUAGAUAUUCUCCAUCCUUUCUCCUUCAGUUUUCGCUGGUCUUGUCUUGUUUUACGUAGUCUGAAGCGCGUGAAAAGCGUUCAAAAAGAUGAAGGUUUGUGUUGAUUAAUAAUUUUCUCUUUUAUUCCUUGCAGCGUUAGUUGGACUAUCUCUGGUUUACGUGGUCCAGAGCAUGAAUAUGACGCAAUAUGCCGUCCGUCAGUUAACAGAGAUCGAAACUCUAAUGACAUCAGUUGAGCGAGUAACAACCUACACAGAGCUGGAAUCUGAAACUGGAUACAAAGUGGAACGAAAGCCUCCGGAAAUCUGGCCACAUGAGGGAACUAUUGCAUUCAAAGACGUAUACCUAACGUACUAUCCAGGUGGUCCUCAAAGCCUAAAGAAUAUCACACUUAACAUCAAUGGAGGGGCCAAGAUCGGAAUUGUGGGCCGCACGGGUGCAGGGAAAUCUUCUUUCGUGGCGGCACUUAUGCGCAUGCCUGAAGCUGGUGGAGAUAUAUUGAUUGAUAAUGUCAAUAUAAGUAGUAUCAACCUCCAAGAAUUUCGACGGGCAAUAACCUUUCUUGGGCAAAAUCCUGCCCUCUUCAUUGGAUCUUUGAGACAAAAUCUUGAUCUUAUGAAGUAG